UUUGACAUUUUGCACUUGUGAAUGUGACGUGUUAAAUUUUCCGCUGCCAUAGUGCUAUUUUACACACAAAAUCUUAAAUAAAACAUAAAAUAGCUUAUUAAUAAUUGAAAUCUGUACUCGCUGAUAAAACUUAAGUAAAAAUGGGUUCUUUUCGUCGUGAGAAAGAGGAUGAAGAUGAGGGCAGCACCAAUAUAUAUCAGAAUUUAGAGAAAACCUCAGUAUUACAAGAGACACGCACUUUCAAUGACACGCCUGUUAUUCCAAGGAAAUGCAUACUAAUUCUUACCAAGAUACUUUACCUUAUCAAUCAAGGCGAACAGCUGGUGGCUCGCGAGGCCACAGAUUGCUUCUUUGCCAUGACAAAACUAUUUCAAUCAAAAGACGUUGUUUUAAGGCGUAUGGUAUACUUAGGCAUCAAAGAGUUAAGCUCAAUCGCCGAAGAUGUGAUUAUAGUAACAAGCUCACUUACUAAGGAUAUGACAGGCAAAGAGGAUUUAUAUCGUGCCGCUGCAAUACGUGCACUUUGCAGUAUAACAGAUCACACUAUGUUACAAGCAGUGGAACGUUAUAUGAAACAAUGUAUUGUAGAUAAAAAUCCAGGUGUUUCCUGUGCUGCACUUGUUAGCUCAUUAAGAUUGGCAAGCACUGCUGGCGAUGUUGUCAAAAGAUGGGCUAAUGAAGCACACGAAGCACUUAAUAGCGAUAAUAUAAUGGUACAAUACCAUGCACUUGGUUUACUCUAUCACAUACGUAAAUCUGAUCGUCUGGCUGUAUCUAAACUGGUAAAUAAAUUGGCACAUAGUGGUGUGAAGAGUCCAUAUGCUGUCUGUAUGCUGAUACGUAUUACUUGCAAACUGCUUGAAGAAGAAGAUCAAUCUGCAGAUGAAUCGCCAUUAUUUGCAUUUUUGGAAUUAUGUUUACGUCACAAAAGUGAAAUGGUUGUCUAUGAAGCAGCACAUGCCAUCGUUAAUCUUAAAAACACAAAUCCCCGCGCACUUUCGCCGGCUUUCUCUAUUUUGCAAAUGUUCUGUAAUGCACCAAAAGCUACUUUACGCUUUGCUGCUGUACGCACGCUUAAUAAAGUAGCCAUGACCCACCCAGCUGCUGUUACUACAUGUAAUUUAGAUUUAGAAGGUCUUAUAACGGAUUCGAAUCGAUCUGUUGCUACUUUAGCUAUAACUACGCUCUUAAAAACAGGCGCUGAAUCUUCCGUAGAACGUUUAAUGAAACAAAUUUCAUCAUUUGUUGCAGAAAUCUCUGAUGAAUUUAAAGUUGUCGUUGUACAAGCGAUCUGUGCACUUUGCACCAAAUAUCCACGUAAGCAUACAAUACUUAUGAAUUUCCUCAGCGGCAUGUUACGAGAAGAAGGUGGAAUUGAAUAUAAAACAUCGAUAGUCGACACAAUAAUCACUAUAAUCGAAGAGAAUGCCGAAGCUAAAGAAUCUGGCUUAUCGCAUUUAUGUGAAUUCAUUGAAGAUUGUGAACAUGUUUCAUUAGCCGUGCGUAUAUUACAUUUACUUGGUAAAGAGGGACCAUUUGCGAAUACACCAUCAAAAUACAUACGCUUCAUUUAUAAUCGUGUUAUAUUGGAGAGUCCAAUUGUACGUGCAGCCGCUGUUACUGCUUUAGCACAAUUUGGUGCUUCUUGCCCAGCACUUUUGCAUAACAUUUUAGUACUUCUAAACCGUUGUCAAAUGGAUCCAGAUGAUGAGGUGCGUGAUCGUGCUACAUAUUAUUUGAAUAUAUUACAAACUGGUAAACCGGAAUUAUAUAAAAAUUAUAUUAUUGAACGUGAAACAUGCUCAUUGGCAUUGUUGGAAAAAGCUCUAACCGAACAUUUAAAUAGUGAAUUAACCAAUAGAUUUGAUCUGUCCAUUGUGCCCAAAGCAACAAUAAUUAAGGAAGAAGUUACUAAUGAAGCUAUGCUUGUAUCAAAUGCACCACGUGCACUUAAAGUUACACGUGAAGAGGAGAGUGCUGCUCGUUUGGCACAGUUGCCUGAUAUACAACUACUGGGUCCAAUACAUCGCACUACUAUGCCAACUCAAUUAACUGAAAGUGAAACCGAGUACACUGUGCAAUGCAUAAAACAUAUAUUCCCUAAUCAUGUCGUAUUUCAGUUUGAUUGUCUUAAUACGUUAUCGGAACAAAUAUUGGAAAAUGUUCGGGUUGACCUAACCAUACCGGAUGGAUUUAAUAUAAUUUCUAUUAUUCCCUGUGCGAAGUUAUCUUAUAAUGAAAUGCAAACCACUUAUGUUAUUGUAGAAUUUCCACCAGAUGUCGGCAGAUCUGCUGCUACCUUUGGUGCCACGUUACGAUUUAUCGUUAAGGAUUGUGAUCCUAAUACCGGAGAGCCGGAUUCUGAUGAGGGUUACGAUGAUGAAUAUAUGCUUGAAGAUUUAGAAGUAACUGUAGCCGAUCAAAUACAAAAAACGAAAAAAAAUAACUUCCAAGUUGUUUGGGACGCUGCAGAUACCAAAGAAUGGGUUGAGGCUGAAGACACGUACUCGUUAGCUGCAGUCAAUACAUUACAAGAAGCUGUUAAUACAAUACUUAAAUUCUUAGGGUUAGGUGCAGCUAACCUGUCCGACACAGUACCAGAAGGAACGCAUACGCAUACGCUGCUUUGUUCAGGCACAUUUAGGAGUGGAGCUGAAAUAUAUGUACGCUCUAAAUUGGCAUUAGACGAUGGAGUAACGAUGCAAUUAACAGUUCGUACAACAGAUCCUGAUGUUGCCGAAUUGGUAACUUCAGCUGUCGGAUAAAAGUAAAUAAUUUAAUAAAAAAUGCAAAAAUUAUUGCAUUUUUAAGUAAUGGAUGAAAAUUUAAGAAUAAUAAUUAAAGUCCACAUGUGGGUAAAACACAUUCACAACUUUAAAUAAUCUUACAUAUAUAUAUAAAAUAUUAUUCAUAUUAUUAAGUAU